CUCGGGCUGCUCGGUCCCUCCCUCCUCCUCCUCCGCCGCACAGCCGACGUCUCGUCUGUUUGUUGUGACCGUAUUUGCAACGAACUAUAUUCGCAUUUCAAGCGGAAACUACGGGGCUUUUUUUGAAGGUCGUAUCGUGCAGAAAUCGUCUGGUCGGAAUGCCUCGAGAAAACACUUGAAGCGGCGGACGAGACGAUGGCUUCCUCGGUGCGGAUGAUCAGCAAAGUUGGGGCGAGACUUUUGGGAAGAGUUCAGCCUCUCCGUUGCGCUUUCAGACACACUCGGCCGGUGACAUUCCCUCACCUGCAGGUUCAUCACAGACAGCAACCUCUUGGGAACUACCAAGCUCUUUUCUACAGUACACUUGCUCCCUCCAGUGACUUGUCUUUGAAGUACAAACACAGCCGUCUGGUUCUGGAGGUGCCGCUGCCGUCCAGAGAUGAGAAGUGUCUGUUCUUCCUCAGGCCCAUGUCGAUGAGCGUGGGAGACCUGAUCGCCGAUCUGCAGAGAGAGGACUCUGGAGCCGCCGUUUCUGUUUUCUCUAAAGAUGGAGAACGUGUUGCCAACAACACACUCAUAGAUGCCCUGCUGGACAAGGAGUUCCACCUCAUCAUCAAUGAUACAGUUUAUAACAUAUCCUGUCCUGAAAAGGAGUUUACUACCAGCGAGCAUGCCAGAGAACUGGAUGACAUGAAACAUGUUGUACACCUGAUGCACACAGCACUCCACCUGCCGGAACACCACCUGCUGCAAGAGAGGCAGCUGCUGGAGAAGCUGGACAACCUCAAACAAGAGUUGUCCCCUCUGGAGACGAUGAAGGCCCAGCUGUCCCAGACAGCAGAAUUCCACACGUCCAGGGCCCUCUGGACCGGCAUGGCCAUGCUGUCCGUGCAAGGUGGAGCCCUGGCCUGGCUCACCUGGUGGGUCUACUCGUGGGACGUCAUGGAGCCCGUCACCUACUUCAUCACCUACGGGACCAGCAUGGGAAUAUUUGCCUAUUAUGUCCUAACAAAACAGGAUUAUAUAUAUCCAGAGGCUAAAGACAGACAGUUCCUGCGUUACUUUCACAAAGGGGCCGGGAAGAAGAAAUUCAGUGUUGAAAGAUACAACGAACUGAGGGAUGAACUGGCUCAGGUGGAGGACGACCUGAAACGUCUGCGAUACCCAACUCAGCUUCAGCUACCGCUUGAACAGAUCCACCCAAAGCCAUAAACAGAGUGGGGACAAACGCUCAACGUUCACUCAGUCUAACCCUUUCAUUUUGAUAAUGGCACACUUUUAACCUGGAAUCCACACCACUGUGUUAUUUACAAUCUUGGUAAUGGUGCCAAAUUGAAAAUGUGUCAGUUGUUAGACAAAACAAAAAUGGAAAUACAGUAUACGUUUGAAUCCCUUGUCUGUGCAAUUGAAGGCUGUUAUUGGACAACACAGUGUAUGGUUAAAUAAGUCAGAUGCUUGAUUUGUAAACAAUUUCAGAACAAAUAAAGGAAGUAAACACUCUUUGCCAUAAAAA